UCCAGCUCCUACUCUAUAAACCUCUCCCGGUCUUUCUGCGAAGAUGGCGGGUGUGGCGGGUCUUGUCCUGAUGCUGUUGCUUUGCCCGUGCCCGGCGCCGCUGUGUGGCCUGGCGCGGGCUCAGGACCCCCUGGAGGACCACGAUAAAGUUGAGGAGGCGUUUGCAGAUGGAGAUGAUGCUGGGGGAGAGGAGCAGGUAGUGGAGGAUGAUAGAGCUGCAAGUGAUGAACAUGAAGAGGAAGACGAGGAGGAGGAAGAAGAAGAUAAGGAGGUGGAUGAAAACAUUGAGGAGGAAGAAGAGAGUGAGGAAGAGGAAACCACUGAGGAAGAAGAGCUGGAAGAGGACCCCAGUCUGGAAGAGGAGACGGCACAGGAAGAGACGCCUGAUGACGAGGAAGCUCCUGAGGACGUGGACACCGAAGAAGGAGAAGAAGAUGACGAAGAGGGAAGGGAAGCCGAGUCGGUAGAAGAAGAGACGCAGGAGGAGGAGUUAGCGGCUGAGGAAGAGGAUGGUGAGGACAUGGAUGAAGAGCAGGAGUCUGAGGAGGAGGAAGAGGAGAAUGAUGAAGACAAAGACGAUGACUCGGCCGAGACCGACACACAGCGCUUCCAUUCAGGCUCUCUGUGCAGUGUUUGCUCCAUCUGCGAGCAUUGUUCCAGCAAGUGUGACGAGUGUCCAUGUGAGGAGGGCGACGAAUCGUCUCACUGUGAACGCUGCCAAGAAUGCUCCUCUUGCUACCUUUGCCCCAUACUGUGUGACACCGUCUGCACGCCAGGCGGUCUUGUUGAUGAGCUUACAGCCUCCAUCUUUCAGACUGUGGCCUCUUUACUGUAAUCACACUUUUCGGAUUUGACUAGGACAUGGUGCACCCCCCUGUGGUGAGAUCAGGUGCGCGUUGGUCAGGCCGGGAGCUGUCCAGCGACACAUUGUGGAGCAGCAGCCACAAGAUCAUGAAAAGUCCCGUUAAUGAAACAAAUUCAACUACCUAUUGGACAUUCUCUUUGACAAUUGCUAUUAGAGAUGCGCGGUUUGCGGACACAACC